AUGCAAGAAAGUCACGCCCGUCAGCUCGGUCAGAAGUUCACCUGCAGGAUUUUGUGCGCCAUUUCAUUUCAUGCACCCCCGACGGAACCUAGUCGAGCACAGCAGUACUGGUACAAACAAUGUUAUGAGGUACAUGAUCCUGGUGAUCGUGCCAUGCUUAUGGAGGAUAGUGCCAGUGGGCUGUCCCUCUCAGCUGGUGAAAAUUUAACGCAGGACUGUGUUGACAGAGGUCAAGGUCAAGAGGAACAAAAUGACAGGUGUGGAAUUCUUGACCUGUCAAGCCAUGCUGCAUGUGUGGAAGGAGCCGAGCACUCGCAGGUUGAAGAUGGCUACUCCAUGGAGAAUGGCACAGCUGAUGAAAUACGGCUGCUCCAGUCAUCUCGGAGCUUUUGUGUGGCUAAUGAAGAUGCAAUCUUACUUACAUUUGUAAAAUUGUACCACUAUAUGUCCUUCUCACUUCUAGCCGUACUCUUUGGUGUGCACAGGACUACUGUGUCGAAUAUUUUCAAGGAGUCUGUCCAAAUACUCGCAGCAGUGCUACAACAUGCCAUAUUCCAGCCAACAAAGGAAGCUGUUCUGGCAUGUCUCACAAAAUAUUUCCAGCGCUUCAGCAGCACACGCAUGAUACUAGAUUGUACAGAGAUACCUCUACAGCAGCCAACUGAUCUGGCAUCACGACUGCUCACCUACAGCCAUUAUAAGAAAACGCAUACAGUCAAGUGGGUAGUCUGUGAGACACCUGGGGGUCUUAUUAGUUACCUAAGUCCUGCAUAUGGAGGUCGGACCUCUGACACUCACAGUACGAAAGAGAGCAAAGUAAUCGAAACAUGUGAACCCCACAUAGACAGUGUCAUGGUAGAUAAAGGAUUUCUCAUUGAUGACCUCUGUUCUGAGCAUGCCAUAAAGCUAAUUAGGCCGCCAUUUCUUAAGAAGAAAAAGCAGUUCUCUCCUCACGAAGCAGAACAGACACAGUCAAUAACCAGUGCGCGAGUGCACGUUGAACGUGCGAUCCAGAGAAUGAAACUCUUCAAAAUACUGCAGCAAAGGUUUCCACUGGAGUUUCUGCCGUACAUUAACGAUAUCACGACAAUUGUUGCUGCUCUAGCAAACAUAGGGAAACCGAUCUUCAGUGAAAACAAGUUUCUGUUUACCGGAACAUGAUGGGCAUUAUUCUGCCUGAAAGUUUCUCAUGAGUACUGUGAAAAAAAGUUAUUAACUGACAUUUUUCACGUCUACUGAAUGUUUAAUAACAGUAUUGUAGUGAGGAAGUUACAACACAAGUAUCCAGACUUCCUGCUUUCUACGUACAACUUGCUACUUCCUGUAUGACUGUAAC